GAAGAACACUCCACGAACGUGGCGUCACCCAGGGCGCGGGCGGGACUUCCGGCGCGCAGUGCCUACCCAAAUCGGAAGCUCACUUUUAGUCGCCCAGGCAACAGCUCCUCCCACUCACGACCCACAGGAAAUAGGUCCCUGCUAUCCCACCGCCCAGGAUCGGCAAGCCACGCGCCCACGAGUUUUCGGUGCCCCUUUGGACUUCCGCAAUCAGAGAUGGCAGCAGAGGCGACAUCAUCGGAAACUGAGGAGCCUUGGUCUUGUCAUCCGGCAUAUGCAAGAUACUGGCGUCAUUAUCACCAAGCAAUGGCUUGGAUGCGAAGCCACCAGAAGGCCUACCGGAAGGCCAUGGAGUCUUACUUCCGGUCCCCAUGGUACCUCACUCCCGAAGGGCUUCCCCAGGGCUCUUACGCUGAGGAGGGCAGAUCUCCUCAGUCCUUCUGGGGUGGGCACUUGGCUUCCCAGGACACCCGCUGUGGUUAUGCACAUUCCGCACGUGCUGAGCAGCAUCCUCCUGACAGCAUGAGAGGGGCCCAAGCUUGGGCCACGGAGGAGGAAGAGGAGAGAGAGGAGGAAGAAGAGGAGGAGGAGGAGACCGACUCAGACGAGGGGGUGGAGUGCGACCUGAGCAACAUGGAGAUCACCGAGGAGCUCCGCCAGUACUUUGCAGAGACCGAGAGGCACAGGGAAGAGCGCCGGCGGCAGCAACAGCUGGAUGAGGAGCGCCUGGAGGACUAUGUGAAUGCCGACCAUGACCUGUACUACAAGACAUGCCGCUCCGUGGAACCCCCGUCCGAGAGGCCAGGCGAGCGGCGCCAGGCCGAGAUGAAGCGCCUGUAUGGGGACAGUGCUGCCAAGAUCCAGGCCAUGGAGGCUGCUGUGCAGCUGAGCUUUAACAAGCACUUCGACCGAAAGCGGCCCAAAUACUGGCCGGUCAUUCCACUGAAGUUCUGAGCCCUGGGCCCCAGGCCCCCUUCCACUGGGAUUCGCUCCUUCUUCUGCUUCUGUGCAUUUUCUUGGGGAAAGGGGACUUUAUACUGAGAAAUUAGUAUGCUCACCAAAGUGCCAGGGGCCUGGCAUGGGGGUGAUAUAAUGUCAGGCAUUUUUCAGCAUCAGAGCCUGUACUGUUGUCAACCUGAGAGAUUUUCUUUUGCCAUAAAAUGAUCAUUCCAUAUGCAUUACACUUUCAGUUCGUUGAAGUUCUCAUUUAGAGAUACUGCUGGGGUUUUUUUUCUUUUGGUCUUUUUCUACUUUCUUCUAUAUUGAACCCAACUGAACUAGGCAGAUGCCUUAAAUGUGUCAGAUUGGUGUUCUGCUGGCACUCCGUUAGCCCCUUGACAACGACCCAAAGGCGUAGCCAAACGAUGGUCACUUCUCUCCCACACAAAAGUCAGCAUGCAUAUUCUGCAAAGAGCCAGAGAGUUCAUAUCUUUGGCUUUUCAGAACACGCGGUCUGUGUCAUGACUAGUCAGUUCUGCCCUUGCAGCCUGAAAGCAGCCAUAGAUGAUAAGUAAACAAGUGGGUAUGGCUGUGUUCCGAUAAAACUUUAUUUAUAAAAACAGGCCGUGGGCCAGAUUUGGCUUAUGGCCAGUAGUUCGUGGACCCCUGCUCUAAUGGAUGAAACGACCUGUCUGACAUUGUUCUUGUCAUCUCUCUACAGAGCUUGAAUGUCACACAGAACUGAGCAAAGAACAGUAAUUCCCAAACCUGCUCCCCUCUGCAGUCUCUGUUGUCGAACAGGUAUAAUUGAACUCUUACUUUGUAUAGCAAAUAUUAUUUUGAAAGAGAAUGCAUUUCUGAGAAUGAAAAUUUGAAGAUUGAUGGAACAGUCCAUUUUAAAAAGCCAGCUGCCUUUUAAAUAAGUUAUUACGGUGUGUUGCCAGGGUGAGCCUUGUUGACCUGAGAAGAUUAGCACAUCCAUCAAAGGUUGGUAGAAAGAUUUAGUAUUGACAUGUUUUUCCCUGAGAACACUUAGCUCCACAUUUCAGCCCCUGCCCUGUGACAAAUGCAUUACUUUCAUCAGCCUUAGGUGCUUGUUUUUCCAAGCUCUUGUUUUAUUACUGGAGUUGCAAUUUGAGCUUGGGUAUUGCAGACCAAAAUCAGUAUUAAUUUCCCCUGAGGUGACACAUGACUAAAAUUUCAAGUCUUUAGUAGUUCUCUCUCUCUGUCUCUUUUUUUUUUUAAAUUUUAAACUCAUAUACCUCAGUAGAAAAUAGAUGCAACCCAGGCACAAAUACAAACUAACCGUAUUUGCAGCCGGUUCUUAGCUAUUUGAGAGCAAAAUGUUUCUCUUUACAAAGAACUCUCCUACCUUUCCCCCGAAGAAACCACCAUGCCAGUGCCCACCCUCUGGCUCUGUGGCUGUGGACUUUGAGUUGCUUUCACCUCUCAGUGCUCUGCAUUCCUCACUCUUCCAGUGGGUCUUAAUAAUUCCCCCACAUGGGGUUCUUGGGAGGACCGCAUUGAGUUAGUGCCUAUAAAACACAGUGUUGGCUACACGGUAAAUACUCAGUACAUGUUGACACUUAUUUAUUCCCUGUCUUUAAAAAUUGCCAAAGAGAACCAGUAGAAAUCCUGGGUAUGAGCCUUCUUCCAACUAUGGAGAAAUGUUCCCCUGUCAGCUUUUCAGAGGGAUGCAUAGGCUUCUUAACGUCUCAUUCCCACCUGCCCUUCUUCCCAAAUGCCUCAUGGAUAAAGUGUGACCAGGAGGACCUAUGACUUGUUCACUCAUUUAUUCAGCAAAUACUUGAGUCCUUCCAGGUAGCUAAACCAUAGCCUCUGCCCUCAGGAGAUUUGCAUUCUAGGAAGGGCAGACAGGUGUGUAAAGAUAGCAAUUGCAUUUGUGCACUAAAAUUGAGAAACCUGCAUGCAAAUGAUUCAUAUGCGCCAGCUCCAGAAUAGUGGGUAGUUCUGAGCAGGGAAGGUAUUGGAGUGCCAUUUAAAAGGGCUUUUUCUGUCUCUAAUGUUUAUUGUAUUUCUCACUUCAUUUCUAGGGUUAACUGCUUCAUGAAAUGUUUAUCCAAUGUUUAUAUAGGGCUUACUGUGGGCCACAUACUGUUCUAAUUACUUUUCAAAUAUUAAUUUCUCUAGCAAUCAACCUAUGACAAAUCUAUGAAGUAGCUAUUAUAGGUACACAACUGUUUUCCAAGCCAUGAGGUCAGGCGUGUUUCAGAAUUCAGAUACUGUCAUAUUUUCUUUUCCAUUCAGGUCAAGUUUUGUCAUCAGACCCUUACAGUUAAGCCAAGUUUGGCUGCCAAACAAAUUAUUUUUAACAAACUAUAGAAAUGAUCCCAGAAAGUAUAGCCUUUGAAUGAAUUAUUUUUAAAAACCAACAAUAACAAAAAACAACUUCUAGUUUCCAGAGCUUUGGAGAUUUCAGAAAAAGGGCAAAAGAAUAUUCUUAUUUUUGUAGAUGAGAAACCUGAAGGACAGAGAAAUUAACCAACUGAACCAGGUUCACUUUCAGUGGUGGAAGUGGGUAUCAAACCCAGAUAUUCUGACUCCUAAACUCCCCACCAUUUGCUGCUUUGCCCUGCUGACCUCAGCCUCUACAACUACACUGUCAGUACAUGUAAGACACACUGUUCCCAAGCAUCUCGGAGAAUCUGGAGCCACUUACAGCCUUCAGCAAGAUUCUAGUACAUUCCAUGCUGGAGCAUGGGGUUAGGUUCUAGUCGUAGCUCUCUUUGAGAAUGUCUGACUCUGGAUAAUGCAUUUGUACUUUUUGAAUGAAUUUAAGAGCUGAGGCUACAGCAACAAGAAGAAGAGGGAUACACUUGAGAUAUUGAGGAAAUAGACAUUCCAUGGCUUAGUGAUUUGGGGCAGGUAAGAAGAAGUCUAGGAUGGUAAGUUUCUGUCUUGGAUGGUGGUUCUAGUCAUUGAUGUAAAGAAAACAAUGAAAAACCAGUUUGGGAAGAAGGAUAAUGAAUUCUAUUUGGGACACAGCGAGUAUGAAAGGCUCACAGGACAUCUAGUGACAUCCUGUCAGCCAUUGACUAUUUGGGUUUGGAACUCGGUGGAGAGGGUCUGCAUGCAUAACCC